AUGGAUAUAACAAUUAUUUUAUCGGAAAGAGGCAAAGAAUUAGCCCUAGUUAAUUUAUACAAGUAUAAAUUAAUUGGAGAGCAAAAAAAAGACAAUCUUUUGAGAUGGAGGUGUACUAAUAAUAAAUGUUCGGCAAUAAUGUUCUCGGGUUUAGAUAAACGUAAAGUGAUUGAAACUGCUGGACAACAUAAUCAAGAUAAAAAUUCUAUUGAGAAAAUAUAUUAUAUAUAA